AUGCAUACGAACAAACUACGAAUUGACUUUGUUGGGAAGAGGAAGAACCAUGGAAGGCUAAUGCGCCUGUCGCAGGGUGGGUUGCCCGCCCACUUGAGGGAAUUCGCCACAGGAGUGGGGGGUGAAUCCCCAUCGUCAUGCCCCCCCCUAUCGAAGGCAUUCGUGGACCCGAUUACCCCUGUGCAGAGACCCCACAGCGACAAAAUUUUUUCGGCCUACACGAAAAGCUACAUCCACAAGGAGAGCGAGCAGACGCUCAUCCUAUGUCUAAAGAGACUAAACGAAUUGGAAAGGAACAAAAAGGUUGCCAAGUUGUCUCAGUACAUUUAUGAAUUGCAACAGCUAGCCAAGUGUAAGGUGGCCUACAACGUAUUGAAACAAAUAAAGUUAUUUCAAAACCUAUUUGAGAGAGUGAAUACACAGAUAGGAACCGAGUCGCUAUCUCCCUCUCUCCUACUCUCAGUGGCCAUGAGCUACAAACAUUUGCGCUUGAAUAAGUACACCUACUUUAAGAACGUCCUACGUGCUGUGUGUAGCAACAUAAGGGUGUAUAAGAAGAACAAGCUGACUAAGCUAGUCGCUCCGGAGGGGCGGGCUAUCGAAUCGAGUGAGGACUACAAAUAUACGGUGGAGCUGAUAAGCAAGGCGGGUAAGCAGCGUAGGAAUGGGAGACGAAUCAACAUGCUAAAUGUGGUAACCAACCUGCUAAAUAACAGCAGCCUUAGCUAUGUGCUCUAUGCCUACUCUACUAUGUUUUGCUCUCCCAACGAGUAUGUCCUGUACAUGUGCAAAUACAUCCUCCUAAAUUCGUCUAUGCUGAACCAUUUGGACAUGCUGUGCAUUUUGCACUUUUUGAGGAAGACCAAUGUGAAGAUUCGCAAGGGCGACAUCGUGGUGCGGCGAGGGGAGGCGGCACCGGCGCGGCGAGGGGAGGCGGCACCGACGCGGCGAGGAGAGCCAACCACCUUGGGUAAGCCACCCCCAACAAAAGGAGAAGUAAACUAUAGCAGAAGCGAUUGGCCCGCUUCUGCACAGGAGAGGGAGGCCAUCCGGGGGGACUGUCCCACCGGCGCUGGGGGAGAAGCAAAACUUACGGUUAACCACACCAGUGAGCUGAAGACCCGACGAGGGAACGACCCAUAUGAUGAGCACAGGAGCACCUACUUGAAGCUGCUCAGAUGCAUAAUACACAUUAUGAAGAAGAGAGGAACCCACUUCUGCCAGAAGCCGAGCAUCUUAAUUGCCAUCCUUUACCAUUUUUACAAACUGAACUUGGUUCCCAUCGAAAUAUUUUACUCCUUUCACAACCGCAUAAAGAGGGAGAUAAAAAAUGUGGAGGUGAAAUCGGUCGCUCUUUACCUGCACAUUUUGAGCGACAUUCAGUUUGACCUUCGCUACUACAAAUGCUUGUACAGGCAUUUGACCCUCGUUUUUGAGGGAGGGGAGCGGCAGUUCGACUUGCUCUCUGUCUGUUUGUCCUUUUACUCCCUCGCGAGGAACAGGCACUACGACGAGUGCUUCGUGCGCGCCUGCCUGGAGCUGUUCCGCCGGCACGCCCACAACCUGAACGACGUAAACAUCACGCACGUGGUGCACACCAUGGGGAAGCUCAACGUCUCGGACGAGGACCUGCUGCACAAGUUGUGCGAAGUGGUAGCCAGAAGGAUGGACAGCAUCUCCCCCUUGAAUCUGAGCCUGAUUGUGCUUAGCCUAUCGAAGCUGAAAUAUCAAAAUGGGGAUUUCUACCGUACGUGUGUGCAAAAGGGGAAGGAGUUGCUCGCCGCCUUCACAGACAAGCAGCUAGUCGUGUUCACCUACGGGUUGCUACUAACGCAGACGUUCGAUUAUCCCUUUGUGGAGAUGUUCUUUCGGCAGUACAUACGAAUUGGCAACACCUGUAAUGGUAGAAGAAGGCAGAUGCUGGGCACCAUCUGCUACUGCCUAUGUGUGGAGAGGCCCUCCUUCUUGGAGAAAUUCCCCCUGUCUGUUAACACCUUUUUGAAGAAGAACCUCCAUUUUGUGCAGGAAAAGGAGGCUGGCAAAAUGCACGAGGAGGUGGCUUCCAUUCUGAGGUACCUACGUGUAGACCGCUUCGAAAUUUUAAAAAGAAAACACCCUUACGUGUUUGAUAUUUCCAUUGGGGGAGGGACAUCAGAACGGGAACUAUUUGUGGACUUUCUUCUUCCGAGGAAACUCCUUCGCAAUUCGAGUAGCCUCAGUGGAUUUCACCAAAUGAAGAAGAGACACAUGGCUUUGCUUAACGUGCACCUCUUUCACCUGGAUGUAGGCUCCUACAUGGGUCUCCCCUCCAUGCAGGAUAAGGUGACCUUCGUUCGGCGCUUCCUGAGGGAGGUGUGCCGCUACGAUUUGAACCGCCUCGACGACGCGGAGAGGGGGAAUCGGGAGGAAAUAGUCAACUUGGUUCGUCUCGGCGAGGCGGUCGCGCAGGUGGGAAGUCUGGCCUAUACGGGGGGAAGUUUGGCCUAUACGCAGGUAGCACGCCCCUCCGCUGCACAGGGGGAGAGCCCCCCCAUCAAGAACCGAGACUACCGCAUCUUCCCCUCGUGCGCCAAAGUGCAAAACGCGAAAAAGGGCUUGCUCAAAGGUCACCCCGCGAGGGUCAACUACGAAGAGCCAUUUAAAAAAAGGAAUCAAAUUUUCCUCCACAUCGAUGAGGAGAAGUUGCUCAGCGGUGGUGGCUUGGACUCGCCCGAGAGUUCCACAGAUUACGCGCCACGUUUAGCGCCACGUUUGGCGGCAUGUAUGGGGGAACAUUUGGCGGCAUGUAUGGCGGUACCACCGGGGGGCACACAUGACGGCUGCACCCAGGUGAAGCACCCCUCCCCGAAGAAGGAGACCCUCCUGUUUGGACGGAAGUGCCACGGGCUAAACAAAUACGAGUACGUUGAUGAACGCAGUGGGAAGAUUGUUGUCACGAGGGGGUGCGGGGUUGGAGGGUAG